GGAGGAGUGGGGGGAGGCGGUGUGCGGUGCACGCCGCGCUCCCAGCACAAAAGCGCAGCGAAAGAAACUCUUGGAAAGCGCGGAGCGAGCGGCGGGGCCGGGCGGAGCGGGUCGGGCUCUUCCUCUCCACUGGAUACAUUUUGCAACUGCGAAGGAAUUAAAUCCGAUUUUUCAGGAUUUUUUUUUUUUUCCCUCCUCAUUUAUUUUUCUUUUUUUUUUCUUUUUUUUUUCUUUUUUUUUUUUUUUUCUCGCGAAGGAGCACCGCGUCGCUUCCUUCCUCCUUUCCCCUCUGCUUCCAGCUCUUUAUUUUGAAUACGUUUUAUAUUUCCCCUUGGGAAAGAGGGGCACGCGAGGAGAGAGAGAGAGAGAGAGAGAAACAAACAAACAAACAAAAACCAAAACGCAAAACCACACCGAGUGAAGGAAUAUGAGCGCUUCGUGGCUGACUUUGGCCGUGCUCUGUGCAACUUUGGGCGCAGGACCAGGUCACGGGGAGGCAGAGACGAGGGAAUGCAUUUACUACAACGCCAACUGGGAGCUGGAGAAGACCAACCAGAGUGGCGUGGAGCGCUGCGAGGGGGAGAAGGACAAGCGGCUCCACUGCUACGCCUCCUGGAGAAACAACUCGGGAUCCAUUGAGCUGGUGAAGAAAGGCUGCUGGUUAGAUGACUUCAACUGUUAUGACAGGCAGGAGUGCGUAGCCACAGAAGAAAACCCUCAAGUGUUUUUCUGCUGCUGCGAGGGCAACUACUGCAAUGAGAAAUUCACCCACUUGCCUGAAGUAACUGGCCCAGAAGUCAUAUAUGAGCCGCCACCACCAACGCCCUCCCUGCUUAACAUCCUGGUGUACUCUCUGCUGCCCAUUGCUGUCCUGUCAGUGGCCAUCCUCUUGGCCUUCUGGAUGUAUCGGCACCGCAAGCCUCCCUACGGGCACGUUGACAUCAAUGAGGACCCCGGCCCACCACCUCCUUCUCCCCUGGUUGGCCUAAAACCUCUACAGCUCCUGGAGAUCAAAGCCAGGGGACGCUUUGGCUGCGUGUGGAAGGCUCAGCUGAUGAAUGACUACGUAGCAGUGAAAAUCUUCCCAAUUCAGGAUAAGCAAUCUUGGCAGAGUGAGAGGGAGAUUUUCAAUACUCCUGGCAUGAAGCAUGAAAACCUUUUGCAAUUUAUCGCAGCAGAAAAGAGAGGGACAAACCUAGAGACAGAGCUCUGGCUGAUCACAGCGUUCCACGACAAGGGCUCUCUCACGGAUUACCUGAAGGGCAAUAUCAUCAGCUGGAACGAGCUCUGCCAUGUUGCAGAAACCAUGGCCCGUGGCUUGUCUUACCUCCAUGAGGACGUCCCGUGGUGCAAGGGUGAAGGACACAAACCUGCUAUAGCACACAGGGACUUCAAGAGUAAAAACGUCUUGCUGAAGAACGACUUAACGGCGGUGCUAGCCGAUUUUGGUCUUGCUGUACGGUUUGAACCUGGAAAACCUCCAGGGGACACCCAUGGACAGGUGGGAACAAGGAGGUAUAUGGCUCCUGAAGUGUUAGAGGGAGCAAUCAACUUCCAACGAGACGCCUUCCUGAGAAUAGACAUGUACGCAAUGGGACUGGUAUUGUGGGAGUUAGUCUCCAGAUGUAGAGCAGUUGAUGGUCCAGUGGAUGAAUACAUGCUGCCUUUUGAAGAAGAAAUAGGUCAGCACCCAUCCCUUGAGGACCUGCAAGAAGUGGUGGUUCACAAGAAGAUGCGCCCCGUCUUCAAGGAUCAUUGGCUGAAACACCCUGGCUUGGCGCAGCUCUGCGUGACCAUCGAAGAGUGCUGGGACCACGACGCAGAGGCUCGGCUCUCGGCAGGCUGUGUCGAGGAGCGCAUUGCUCAGAUCCGCAAAUCCGUAAACGGCACUACCUCGGACUGCCUUGUCUCCAUCGUGACGUCCGUCACCAACGUGGACUUGCCGCCCAAAGAGUCCAGUAUCUAAGUCCUGGUUUGCUUUUGUCUUUCCAGACUCAGUGGAUUUGAAAAAAGAAAAAGAAGAAGUUUAAAAAAAAAAAAAAAAAAAGGAAACACACGAGAAAAAAAAAAAAAAAAACAAACACAAAAAUCCAACAAACACAUGACUGCAGCUGCUAUUUUAUCUUGACUUUUUAUUAUUAUUGUUAUUAUUAUUAUUAUUAUUAUUUUUGGAUUGGAUCAAUUUUACCAGCACAUUGCUCUACUGUAUUAACAAAUGGACAUUUCAGCAAGCAUUCAGGUGCCGACUAAUGAAUGCAGAAAAGGUGCAGGUACCUCAGAACCUCAACAAACUCACUUCAGUUGUUUUGUUGUUGUUGUUGUUUUUUAAAUUGAGUUUUCUGGGUUUCUCUUUAUCAGUCUGUCUUCUGAGCAGAGCAUCUGUGACAUAAAGGAAAACCACCUAUCAUCUUAGAAAACGCAAUGCUGCAAACUUUGGAGGAAACUUAAGACUGUUACAUAAGAUUACACCUUCCUCAAAAGGAUUUUUUCCCCAUUUUUUUUUUCGUUCCUGGGUUCUGUUCCGUGUUGGGUUAUUUUAUUUGGAAGUGAGCUUCAAAAAAAAAAAAAACAAAAAAAACAAAAAAACAAACACAGCAGAUGUGUCUUUUACGGAUCUAACGGGUGUCAUUGUAACAUGGAAAAAAGUAACCGGGCAGAGAAUGUUAAUUCUUGGUGGUAGAAUUGAAGGGGGGAGCAUAGAAUAGGGGUGGGGAGAGCGACGUUGGACUUGGCAGCAUUUGGGGAAACAUCAUUUGCUAUGGAGCUACUUCUCAGGUAACCAUUAGAGGAGGGGAAGGACAUUUCUGGACAGAGUAUUAACAGCUGCAGCGUGUGGAGAAAGCGGAGUUAAAGAGCCAGUGGUUGCAAGCAAGGCACUGGUUAGUUCUUCCUCCAGUAUCUGGUGCUUGGGUGGUAAGAGAACAAAGCAGAACUGUAAUUACCUUCUAUUUUUCAAAUCUGGGUAGUGGCAGGAAGAAUGCUUUUUAAGAAGUGUAAUUGGGAGAGGUGGGAAAGUGUGUUCUCAGAAGCACUGGGGGAAAAUACUGGAAGAUAGGAAGAUGUUUGCAUCUCUCUUAAAGUGUGAGUCAGUGCAGGAAAUGUUGCCCUCGGGGUUGAUUAUCUGCCAGCCCAACCACCGGCGCAGAUGGUGGAGGGAGGAGAAGUGUGAACGCUGGCUCUGUAAUUUUUCUUUGUUCUUUAAUUUGGGGUUGUAGGGAGGUGGAAAUUACCUGAACCAGUGGCAGAUGGCUCCUGUAGCACCCGAGAAGCCCAUGAGCUGUACAGUUACAGACUGCAGAGGUAGCUGAGCAGCAGCAGCAGCGAUCCUCAGCAUCGCUCAGACUGGUUUCUUUGACUCUGCUUUCUCCGUACUCUGCGACUAAACUCGUUUCGUCUUAAAGUGGUGCAUAUUCUGAAAUACCAUUACUCUUAUUAUGCCAUAAACUUGCUCUAGUCAGUGAAUGUUCCUAAUGCUGCUGAUUCAACAUUGAGAUAUUUUUUUAAUUUGCAAAAACAUGCAAUGUUUAAAAAAAGGAAAAAGAAAAAAAAAAAAAGAACACAAAACACACACACAUACACACACGUUACGUGGCUUCCGAGGCUUAAACUGAAAAAAAGAAUUAAAAACUUCAUGACCACAGACCACCUCAAACCAGAAAUACCUCAGAAUUUUCUACUUGUAUGAGUUUUAUUAUAUAUUUUGUUAGUUGUGUUGUCUUGUAGUAAGUAUAUUUUAAUGUAAGUUGGCUUUUAUGACAAGGGAGUUUUAAAAAAAGAAAAAAAAGAAAAAAAGUUCCAAAAUCUUUUAGAAAGUGCUACCGUUGUUUUUUGUUUUUUUUUUCUUCUGUUGUUGUUGUUGUUGAUGUUGUUUGUUUUAUAAAGCACCAUUGUAAAUAACUAUACAGUUGUAGAAUAACUGCCUAUAUAAGGUACCUGGGCAUUAUUCACACUUAUUUGUGAAGGCUGUUUCCAUUCUGUGUUUUAUUUUUGAUUUUGUCUGUUUUAGUGAAAGGACAGUACAUCUUUUUCUUUUUCUUUUUUAAUGUUAUUUUGUUUUGUUUUUUUGAUCUUUGAAUCUAACAUGAUUUCUGUGUCUUGCUAGACUGACAAAGUUAUAUCCAUUGGAUGGCCAGAACUUUCGGAUUUCUCCUCCUAUUAAGCCAAAAUGCAGUCCUGAGCUAAUCAUCCUUUGAAAAGGAAAAAACAAACAGAAAAGUAAAAAGUCUGUACAUGAAUUGGACUUCUUGUCGCUGCCAAACUGUCAGCGUGGACCCUUGCACAAACGGAAUUUAUUGAGCAAACAAAAAUCGCUAAUUGGAGAAAAUGUGGAGACAAUAUAGAGUAAAUUGAAAUAUAUCUCUUAAAAAAAUAUAUAGCUUUAAAACCUAGAGAUCACAAAUGAGGACGCGGUCCUUUCUCUCGAAGAGACAUUAAGAUAGUUGCCUUAAUUUGUCUAUCUGAAUAAAGUCUUAACCUAUUCUUUCAAGUUAUUGAAUGUAUAUUGCAUAUUAGUGUGUACACACAUGUAAUUGUAUUUCCGUGUGUAGGUUUGGAAGUUUCUGUUUCUUAAUGUGAUUCUGUUCAGAACACCAUGACAAAAGCAGACAGAACGGUACUGGUUGGGCCCAGCUGAUGGUGCUGGAGGGGCUGAUGUCUUUGAGCUGAUGCUGCAACGUGCCUGUGCUGAACAUGAAGCAUGUAGGGAGCUCUUCUGGUGUCAUGACAUUAGUCGCUCGCUUCAUGUUAAGCACGGUCGCAAAGGUUUGCAAGGAUCAGCAUUUUUCACAUUCUAAUACAUUUCUGCACUGAGAUUUAUAUAAAAAUGUGACUAUGUUUUAGAAGUGAAGUGAUGUAAGGGUGGGGUGGAGUCUAGAACAGAAUUAAGACUGAGCGAAUGCUUGUUUCGAGGUGGGCAUGCUCUGUGUUCCCCAGGAAUGGGAGCUGGCUCACAUUGCUGCAGAAAGAAAAAAGCUGUACUGUCUUUUAACUAUCAAUAUCUGUUUGCUGUUCUGGAUUUCUUUUUCCUUCAGCAUUUUGUAUAAUGGCUAAAACAGGCUUAUUACAGCAGUUGCUUUUUUAUCGUGAUUUCUUUAAGAAGCUUUAAAGUAUUUAUUGAAAGUGCCAUAUGAUUUUAAUAGCCUAUUAGACAGUCUCGUAAACCUUCUCUUUUGAGAAAGCAUACACAGAAAGUCUCGCGUUUAGCUUAUCUGAUUGUGGGGAGCUGUGCCAACGUACAAAGCUUGACCGAAUGUUGAUUGUGUUACCAACUUCCCUGGUCUACUGCUUCCUUAUAGAUCAUCUUGUCAACAGGAUUCAGCAACUGAUUUUUAAAAGAAUUUCCAAAAUGCACGUGUGCUCAGAUAGAAAUUUUAAAUGUGUGUUGGGUUUCGUGUCUUGCUGCCACAGCAGAGAGGGGUAUUCUGACUUUUUGCCUAUUUGCAAGAUCCUAUCGGUUUAUUUAUCUAAAGUGGCCCUUUUAGUUGGUAUUUAUUUUAUUAAUGAAGAAAAGCUCUGAUGAACUUACUGGUCUUUCAGUACGUGAGCUGUCAAGCAAAUAGUUUCCUCACUGCUAACGUAGCAUUUGAACUCACAGUGACAAUAAGAUCUUGGUUUUGUUCAGCAUCAUGGAAGCUUUUUCCCAGCCAGCACUGGGCACAUCCAUAGGUGUAGCUGUCAUAAGCAGUUGUGACUCUUUUCCCCUUAACACUCCCAUGAACGUGAUGGGUACAACAUAUGUUAUAAAUUUCACUCCCCGUUCAGAUUUUGAGGAUAUUUGGCUGCAUGAUUUUAUCGUUGACCUUCUUCUCAUGUGUAGCAGUUUAGGUAAAUAUUAGCCUUGAAUAUUGUGGGCAGCUCUGUCAAUGUUAAAAAUUUUCCCUGACUCAGGAGCCAGGAUACCCCUCUCUCUGGUCUAACAACCUUUAAGAACUUAUUACACUGGCUGUGUUGGUUUCCUGGGUGAAGGAAGUUUGAGCUCACACUUUGAGGUUGGAAAUAGCUAAAAUUGCUUUCUUGAGAUGAUAGAGCGGUGACUUGCUAAUACAGUUGCAUUAGUACAGCAAGGCUGUUAACUGUACGUGGCUCAAACUUAUAUUAAACACAUACACUUCAAAACUUGAAGUAUAUGUGCAUGAGAGAAGGCUAUAAACCAGCCUAACCAUCACUGAAAUGCUAUCUGCCUUACUCUUCUGUUGAAGGAUUUUAGCUAGUCCUGAUCAUGGAGUUUUCUCUAGUGAAGACAAAAAGAAAAACGCUUUUUAUUUUGCUUCAUUCUAUUGCUGAAAUUCUCCUACAACAUAAGCUAUGUUAGUUCAAGUUACACCUAUGGCAAUGCCAAGGUCUUUGUGUUUAAAGGUCUUUGUUUCAAAGAAAAGGGAUGUGAGUAUCCCCCAGUAACUCCAUUGCAUUACUUAGGUCUUGUGAUUCACUGCUGUUUCUGUUGAAGUUAUUCAUUUCAGCAGGAGCAGCAUUGGGGCUGCUCAGCGGUGUUGCUGGUGGGUACUUCCAGGUUGGCUGGAUAGGCCUUUCCCAUUAGGAAUGCUGAUCUCCCUUAAUAUCACCACGUAGAAACUGGAGAGCUCAAAUUCUGUUCCUCCUGUGCUGCUUUCUGGGCAGGCUGUCAGGAUUUUCCUGUUUUGCAGGUGAAAGAUGUGGUUUCACUUAGUAUGGAAGAAACUCCUAUUGCAGAGGAAGGAGCUGGUUGAUAGCGUUGUGACAGUGCUGUUGCAGUCCUCUACAAGCCACACUCCCCUUGAGAAGUAUCUAAGCAGGAAGUGUCCCACAAACUAUUAUCACUUUUACAUACAGAAUAUUGUUUGGUAACAUUGUAAAUAAAAUAGACUAUAUAAUAGAGGAAAAUAAGGACAUUUUGACUUUUUUACUUUUGGAAAAAUAUAUAUAUAUAUAUUUUAGUUACAUAUACAAACAAAAAUUCUACAUUGUGUGAGAAUUCUUUUAUACCACAAAUUAUUUUUGUAAUGUCUAAUAUGUUUCUGCAGGGAAAAGGGAGAAUGGCGUGUGUACGCACAGCGAAUAAAUAUAUAUAUAUAUAAUGUUUAAAUUAAAUGUGCACUACAUCGAAGUCUAGAGGAUAGAACGAGUUUAGUGUGAGGAGCAAGUCUGGAUGUACUUGGACACGCUUUGAGGGCGGCACUGACUAUGUUUAACAGGUUAUCUUUCAUGUCACAUCCCUUCUGCUAAUGAUGCUUAUUGCUUUUCUAUGACCAUCUUCAGUUUAACCAGGAAGAGUGUUUUCUUGUAUUCAUGCAAGUAUCCGUGUGUGAGCAGUGUGUCUUGACGUACGCCGUGAUGCUGCAGUGAGUUGUGAAGGCAGGGUGUUAGGAAUUUGUGGAGACCAAAUAGGCUGAUCUCGCUUGCUGCCGUAUCCCUUUAUAGCAGCUGCGUCUGCUGCAUUGACAAUAUGAUCUGUAAGGAGCUGUUGCCAGCAAAGUCUUGAUAAAAGCAUUUCCUAGAAGUUCCUUCUCUCUGAAGUGACACAAAUAAUCAGACUUCACCAGGACACGCAGACGUGUUCCCAAUGGCAGAUUUCACUGUUUGGGUUGGCAGCACUAAAAAAAAAAAGAGCACUGUCACGUCCAGAGUCCUACUUAGAAAAAGAGCAUUCCUAAUUUGUGUAGCCAAACUAAGGUAUACGAAAAAUAUUAAAGAAAAAUACUGCAAAUGUUUUCACAUGAGCUGACUUUUCCCGUUGGACCUAAAAAUCACUCCAGUCUUCAGCUUUCCUGAUCUUGACAAUACAGUGUCAGCAGGGUAAGAGUUAUUGAAGAAAACUUAAAACCAAGCAAUGCACUGUGCUGCUUGGAAGCUUUUUUGACAGUGUGCUUUCUAAAAUUGGUGCUUGAAUGACUGAGAGCAGGCUCCUGCCAUUGCUGAAUACUACCACUGUGUUCUUGGUGCAGUCCUGGCCCUGUGGAAGCUUCCAUCUAAUUCAGUGGGACCAUGAGUGUGUUUGUGUUCCUGCUCAUUACCCUCACUCACUCACUCACUCACAUGGGACUUCUUUUCUAAUAUAGUAGCUUUAGGAUGAAGCUCUGUUCCCUGACUGAAGUAAUAACCUCUCAGUAAUCCUUUUUGUCGGGACACGUCCACAGAAAGAGAUCAUGCUUGUGUUACGUCCAUCCAGCUGUUCUGAAAUGUAAAGCUAUUCUGUUGUGCCUUUAUUUUUCCAUGUAAAAGCAACUGCUGUAAGUUUUUUUUUUUUUUUAACUUUAACUAGCUUUUAUGUUUCUUUUUUCUGUCUAAAAAGAAAAAAAAACUCAAACAAACCACUUUUCAUUGCCCAGCUGUUAUUUCUGGAUGCAGUCUGUGAUCCAGGUAUUUCAAGAACCAAUUACCUCAAACCUCAUGUUAAACAGUGUUGCUAUCUGGAUUCUCCUUGAUACUACAAUAUUGUAACAUACACAAACAGGAACCUUGCUAUGUAUGGGUGUUUAUAUAUAUGUAUCAUAUACAUAUAUGCGUGUAUGUGUUAGAUAUAUAUAAAUGGAAAGUGAUCCCCAAGGACUGAAGGAAAAAAGCAAAGCUUUUGUUUUCCAACAUUGAAACCAAAAGGGCUUCUCUGAAGCUCUAUAAUGGCAUUGUGCUGGAUAUGUGUUGAAAAAGUGUUUUCUGGAAAGUGCUUCCUUUGUCAGCCUUUUUAUUUCAGUAUUUUAAUGGGGCAGAUGAUGUGAUUAUAACACCGUAUCUGCAUUUUUGGCCAGUUUUGAAGCAGAGGCCUCUUAAUCUUUCAAAUUGUUAAAAACCAAUCAAACUCAGUAUAUAACAUUCCAGUAAGGUUAGUAUUGCAAAACUUGAGUAUAUUCUGGGAAGGCUUCAUUAGCUUUUGUUUUGGUGAAAGGGAGGGCACUGGCCAAACUUUAGUCAACUUUUCCAACGUUUUGAGGAACUGAAGUGUAACCAGAACCAUCCUGGUCAUUUAAAAUCCUAAUUCUGGAUUUCUGGCAUUCCUUGGAUUGGACUCCCCAUUGAAAAAUAAUACCAAAUAAAAGCCAACAGCCGUGAGCAGGGGGAAGUUGGAGGAGUUGUAGCUUCUGAAUGUGUGCUAAGCAUCAGCAUAACCUAUUGGAUAGCAGGAAACACACUGGCAAGACCUGUGACCUAUCUGGACCUUUCAUUUUUCCAUCCCCCCUUCUCCCAGUAACCUUCUCAUAUGAACAGGCCUUCAACCGCAGUGGCUUACUUAGACAAAACCGUCUAAUGCUUCUACAGCUGUUGGUGGUUUAUGAUUACCUUUGGAAAAUUAUUUACCAAAAUACUAAGAUCUCCCAGAACAAGACCUUUUGCAAUGCUGUUGGCCUUCCAGUGGAAUAAUACUAUGAUGCAAAGUUGAUCAGUUAGUGGAUCAGAGUUGAAGGAGGUGGUUACUGCAAACUAAGUAACAUUCUUGACCUCUAUUCUAUGCCAUAAGUCUGCACAAUGCCAUUGUCAAUCUACUCAAACUAUCUGCUUAUGAAUUCUGCAUGAUCCUCAUGAUAGAGUUGAAAGCCUGAUCUUUCACCUGUUAAUAUUUUCACAUUUGUCCUUAAGUUCGACAAAUUUUAUACUGUAAAGUUGACCUAAGUACAGUUUGAUGUCAAUUCUUGUGGAAAGAGCUUUCUGCAUGUAACAUUAGACACAUACAGUUAAACAACACAGCAUAGUACAAAACUCACAAGAUAAUGUUUUGGCACCAGCAGAAAGAAAUCUCACCCUGACCAUUUGUCAUUUUAAACCAUCGUAUUGUAAGUUUUACCAGCUACUUCUAAAUUUGUGCUUUAUUUAAAGAAAUAAAAUAAAAAUCCUAAGACUUGUCUAGCGUAGUGAAAUAUGUGUAUAUCAGUUUUAGGAUAAAUAGCUAAGUCUUAUUACGCUGUGUUACUUAACUUGUAUAUAUAGAGUAUACAUAAGAGUUUGCAGUAACCUGUUUCUCCAGGAUUUCCAGUUUGAAUGGGUUUAAACUCAAACUAUGAGAUUACGUAAAUGAUUUAGAAGAUUGCAGAAUAAACUGAAUGUAAAUUACAGGAAGCUCUAUCAGAUGGUGAAAUAAUUUUUAAAGAGUCUUUUGGUCCUUGGCUCAAAUUCAAUAAGUACUGUUUGUAUACCAAGAUAUGUGAAAUGUAAAUGUUGUAGGUUAUAUUUCACUCUUGUAGCUAUGAAAAUGUAGAACAGAGAUAGCUUGUACUACUGAGUUAACAAAAGUUAUACUAAAGUAUCCUGUUAAAAAAGUAUACAGAGAGGUAAGCUCAUUGCUGUAACCCCUUUUGGAUUGAAGUGUGCUGAUUUUUGUAUGUAUAUGAUAUAUAUAUUCUGCAAAAUAAAUGUGUAGAUAUAUAUAUAUAAUGUACGUAUAAAAUGGCCUAAUGCAGACAUCCAUUGUAUUGCAGUUAUGAAAUGAAGACAUUUCGGAAAGAACAUUGUAUCAUAGUUCAUGAAUUUGCAGUGGAUCUUUGUUCCUUUUUACUGUGGUAUUUUAGAAAUGAGUCUCAAGUUUGAAAUUAGAUCUGCCAAGUUGGAGUUUCGCUGCUUCAGCUUUGCACUGGGUGUCCGAAUAAACCAGUAUGAAUGUAGUAUUUGCCCUUUGUGAAGCAGCUACACCCCAACAGAUAGGAGGAAAAAAAAAGAAAAAAAAAAAAAGAAAGAAAAAAAAAGAAAAAAAAACUAGAAAGAACUAUUUCAAGUUUAUCUUUUUGUAUAUGAAAAUAAACAAUAAAUUACAAAUAAUUGCUUCUGUUGUUGCUGCGACGUUAAAAAAUCACUGCUGUUUGGUAAUACCGUUGACAUCUAGCUGAAGUAUUUCCUUCUUAUAGAAGGACCUUUUGGUGUUUCAGUGGUGUCUGCUGCUAAAUCACUGUAGAGGCCUCAACCUCUCCUCGUGGUUUGCAAACCACUCUAAAGGGAAGCAGGAAUUAGCUGGGAUAGCUGUGUCCUUUCAAGUUUGUUGCCUCUUGUAGCACCGUGGUAACAGUGCUUGCCAUACCCAGGGAAGUACAGUUCAAACAGUAUUAUGUGCAUGCUAAGUUGUACCAAUAGCAAGCCCAGUCAUUCAGCUACAGCUGGCGGUGAUGGGAGUUAAGCUCAAUGCCAGGGCUUUGUAUUUGUGUCUUCUCUUCUGCCAGCUCUCAGCAAAGGGCGAGCAUUGGAGCUGGGACUGGAGCAGAGCUUCCACUCAUCACCUUUGGGUAUCCAAGAAGUUUGAGUUAGACAGAGGUGUCUAGAUCUCGAAAAAUAUUGGAAAAAGUAAUUAAAAACUGAGCUUCUUAACGUUCUCCCAGUGUGGUGAGUUAUGUAAUUCCCAAAACAUGAGGCAGAAAGGUACGACGCUUCCAACUGAAGCACAGCUGGGCUUCCCCCAGCACAAGAAAGGCAUGGAGCUGUUUUGGUGUGGGUUCAGAGGAGGCCACAAGGAUGCUCGGUGGGCUGGAACACCUCUGCUAUGAAGGAAGUUUGGGGGAGCUGGGCUUGUUCAGCAUGGAGAAGACAAGGCCUCAUUGCUGCCUUCCUGUACUUGAAGGGGGUUGAUAUGCAGGAGGGGAAGCAACUUUUUACACGGUCUGAUAGUGACAGGACCAGGGAAUAGCAUUAAACAAAACGAGGGGAAAUUCAGGUUAGAUAUCAGGAGGAAAUCCAUUGCUUGGGGGGCUGUGAGGCACUGCUGCCCAGAGAGCUGGAGGUGCUCGGGGCCGGGCUGGGCAGCCUGAGCUGUGGGCAGGCAGCACACAGCCGGGGCUGGAACUGGAGGGGUUUCAAGGUCCCUUCCAACCAAACCAUUUUUUGAUCUUUCAAGCAAGUGAUGGGAGGAGGUCCUAGCCAUCAUACAUUGGUGGUUUCCUUUGCUCCAUUGCUCAGUUUUUUGGUUUUUUUUUUUUUUUUUUUUGGCUUCUUGGGGGGGAAGGAGUGCUCAUAGAAGAGGAAAACCUAGCACUAAUCUGGCUGUUUAAUUUCCUGCUGUGUUAUUCCUCUGCGUUAUUUACAGCUCUCGAGGAACUCCCUUCUUUCCUCGUUACCGGCGCGCUGCUGUGGCGGAGUGAAACUGAGCUGACGCUGCCAUGGCGGGCAGACAGAGGGCGCUGCAGCGCAGCACCGCCUCCCUACGUCCCUCCGCCAUGGCGGCCGUGCCCCGCCACCGCCGCUUCCUAGGCGGCUUCAUCUGCGGGGCCGCGGCGGGCGCCGCCGCCUCGUGCUGGGCCGCGUGGCGGCUCCUCCGGAGCCAGAACCAAGCAGAGCCGGGCCCCGAGCGAGCCCUGCCCGAGGGUAAGAGCUGUGGGCUGAGGGGAGCCCGCAGCGCUCUCCUCGGAGAGGCCUUCCCCGGCUGAUGGGGGUCACCGUCCCCGGAGGCGUUGCAGAGCCGUGGGGAUGUGGUACUGAGGGAUGUGGGCACGGUGGGGUGGGUUGGCCGCGUGUAACUGUGUCAGUAAUCUCAAGCAGUUUCCCGUGCAGCACAUUUAUAGCCACGGAGAUGCAUCUCUUGCUGUCCCGUUUCUGAUCACGUUUCACCUUCACGUUGCUUUCUGUUUAUUUUUCUCCUUAGAACCAGUAGAAGAGUCUCUGCUGGAAAAAUACGGGUUCCCUGAAGCUGGAACAGAGACCAGAUGUUACACAAAUCAUGCGCUGUCUUAUGACCAGGCAAAACGGGUGCCUAGAUGGGUGAUCGAACAUAUUUCAAAACAGAAGAUGCUGGGUAUGUGGGUCUUUAUUUCCUUUCAUUUGUGCUGCUUGGAAUGAGAUUUGCAGUCUAAAGAAGGUGGGCCCAGGAACGUGCUGGGGGAAAGAAACUUGUAGUGAUCUCUGGAUAUGGAUUUUUCCUCCCGCUCGGGAUCCUAUGAGAGGCAGUGGGCCUCUGGGUGGGUGUCAGCUCCUUUACAGUGUUAAGGUUGAUGUUGAUAGUGAAAUUAAAAGGGAUAUGGCACUUCGUUUGCUUGUUUGCAUUAGUCUGGUGUUGUGCAUUGCAGUGUCCUGAGGCCUGCAAGACACAUUCAGCCCAAGGGUUGCAUGUGAAAGGGGCUAACGAAGAAGAGGUGAGUCAGUUUCUUCUCAGGUGAUGGCUUCAAGUUGUGCCAGGGGAUGUGCAGGUUGGAGAUGGGGAAAUGUUUCUUCUCUGGAAGAGUGGUGAUGCAGUGGCACAGGCUGCCCAGGGAGGUGGUGGAGUCACCAUCCCCAGAGGUGUUCUAAAACCAAGGAGAUGUGGCACUGAGGGAACGUGGGCCAGUGGGCAUGGUGGAGAGGAGUAGAUGGUUGGAUUGGAUGAUCUUGGAGGUCUCUUCCAACCUGAAUGAUUGUAUGGUUCUAAGAACUACAGCUACUUUCAGCGAGAAAUUCUGUGAAAGUGAGAAAGCACCAGAUCAACAUAGCUGUGUCAGUGUAAACACUCUAAGACAUGUUGCAGGAAUGAAGCUUCCAUCUGUUCAAAAUGAAUGCAAAGGAAAUGAAGCUGAAAAUUAAACUUUUCUCAUCUGAUUCAGAACUGUAAAGUUCUGUCUUGUUGCUGAAGUCCACGGAAUUGCUCUCCCUUCCUUAGCUCGUGUAGUUAGUUCAGUGGGCCAGUCUGUGUCAGCUGAGGUACUGCCCCACAUGAGUCAAUGCCUGUAAUAGCUAGACAGUUUUGUCUGUAGGUCUUGAAGAGGUUUGCUUAGAAUGGGAAGAAGAGAGGAAUGUGUGUUUGAGAUGAAAAUGGAGCAGAGGGCAUCAACAGUUACAAUUGUUCAAAGCCAGAUAAUGCAUAUCUACUCCCUGCAGUCAUUACCUACUUCCCUGCAGUUCUGCUAUGUUUUCUUAUGUGCAUUAUCUAAUACACUCUCCCUCGUUCUUUAUGCAAGACAAAUGCUCAGUGAUUUUUGCUGUCAGAGCUGAAUGAAAUAUGAAUGGCAUACAGUCAUUAUAAAUUAAGUUUAUAGCAUUAGUUCAGUUUUUAUGCAGCAAAUAUUAAUAAUGGAGAUAACUGUGUAAUUGUAAAAUGUUUUAUGAAAGCAGUAGCUCUCUAAAUAUAUCUUAAUCAUUGUCUUCGAAUUACCUCUCAAAAUUAAAAUGGUGAUUCUGAAAAUAUUUAUGGCCAACCCCUAAGUAGCAUUGAUUCCACUUCUUUCUGAGAAGAAAGCAGUAAUUCCAGGCUAACUUUCAAGUGGGACUUAACAAUCGAAUUGUUAAAAUGCUUUCCAAGUGAUCAGACGCAGCAAACAGCAAAUUGAAGUUAAACAUCUUGAGGCAUUCAGCUCGAGAUUUAUAUUUGAUAACUAUUGAAACUGAGAUUUGAGGCAUAACUCAGUGCUGCAUUUGCCACAAAAACAUUGUGUUUUUAGAUUAUAUGAUGAGAAGUGAGAGCUUCUUCCUUCUAUCUCAAAAGAUAGAUGGCAUCAAAAGGCUCGGGCAUAGUCAUUUUUGUGCAUUUCAUCCAAAUAUCUGGAGAGGCAUCACAGGAAUCCUGGAGAGGAACAGGAGAGCUCUUCACUUAGUUCCGUGCAUGUGAAGAAGAAAUAACAAUGUUCUUUUGAUUGGGUUAAUUUCUUUUACCAACUGUAACUUUCUUGAAACACAGCCAUUUUACUUCCAGGCUAGACUUGGAAGAUGAAGAAAUGCUUGUAGUUUGCUCAGACAUUAAAAUGGAACUGGUGAGGGUCUGUGUAGCUUUGCGGUCCUAAAGAGAGUUUCUGUACUGGUUUCUGUCUUUAACAGUCUUACCUUUAACGUUCAUUUGCCUUUAUGGUAAGGCUAAACUGUUUCGCUUUUGUUUAUCUCUGUAAAACAGAAGGCACCUUAGUGAGUCUGUAGCUGGGAAAAUAGGGAAGAGUUGUGGGGAAGAACGUAGAACUGGAGCGGAGAUUUGUGAGGAGAAUCCUUCUCUUCUAUGUUUGAGGAGAAAAAUACUUCAUCUAGAAUCAGUUCAAACAGGGUUGAGUCCUUAAAUGUGGGUGUUUUGGGGAGAUGUUUUUGUUAACUUAAUGAUAACAAUCGAGUGUGUUAUUCCUUAGGCAACGCAGACCGAAGGCACUGUAAAUUCAGACCAGAUCCUAACAUCCCUCUGAUGUUCAGUGCUGUCAAUGAAGACUACCUUGGGAGUGGGUGGUCACGAGGACACAUGGCACCAGCAGGAGAUAACAAAUUUUCAACAGUAGGAAUUUUGUCUUAUUUUUUUUAAACUGUGGGGUUGUUUCUUUUUCUGUCAGAAAGGGUCAAGUGACCCUUAGAAGUGAUGUAUCGUGUUCUGUUUGCUGUUUGUUGUGGGAUGGAAUGUGGUCUCUUCGUUGAAACACAGAUCUCAACUUGGACUCUUCUUGACCUGAGUAGGAUGUAGGAUGCUCUCAGUGUACUUUGGGUGUCUACAUUGAGUGCCCUAAUUGUCCUGUGCUGACAUACCUCUCUGCAUUGAAUCAGACCUAGGUUAGCGUGUCUGGCAGAGAUGAUCAAUGUCUUGUACUGUAUAGUGUUGAACAAGUCUCCUCAUCCUCUUGUAUAUCACAUUGUCAGUGUAACAAAGGUGAGAAUGUUCACCAGCCAAACCACAGAAGUAUCCUCUGAAGCUUAGGUUAAAGGGAGACAAGGAAAGAUGACUUCAUUCUGGCCAACAGGUGUUGAAGCAUUUAAGACUAGAUUGGGCAGUGCAAAUGUACUGUUAAGUACUAUCCCACAUUGGCAAGAGGAUUGACUGGAUGAUUUACAAAGCUUUUUCCUUUCUGGCAGUGUGCACGAGGUGAAUUAGAACCUUCUUUUGCCAUAGUUCUUUCAGUCUAUAAAACGUCUUCACCUGCCGUUUGUUUGAGUUGUAAGAAAGGCAUGCCCUAAUGCCUUGGCCACCGAACAAAGCAGCUUGGAUUUAUUGGAUCCUCUUGUGAAAUGUGCCUAAUGCAGGCAAUUUGUCAAUUAAGUAGCAGUUUGAAUUUGUAUUUCUGCUCUGCACUCUGGGGCACAGUGGCAUGGGGUGGAUGAAAGAAUCACUCGUUUUAUUCCUCCUGGAAGUGUCCUUGCGUGGUUAUUUGUGAUACCUGGGGAGCUCUAGCAGGUGAGCUAACUGCAGAGAAUGAUCCUCCUCCUGGUUUGAAGUGCACUGACAUAAUACAGUCAAUACAAGCAGCGUUACAAAACCUUAAUUCCACAGCUCAAUCAGUGCAGAUUGCAUUUGCCUGUUAUUCUAAGCAGUUCUGUCAGCCCCUUUGCUUUGAUCAAGAAAUAUCUGAAAAGCAUUGACAAGCAUAGAACCUGUGAAGAUUCUGGGCUAAGGUUUUGGAUUGGUUUCUCCCAUACUUUCUUGUGUGAGUGCAGCUGUUGAGCUCUCUUUUUUUGCACGUAGGUUAUGCACCUCUUAGUCCAAAUCUCUUUUUUUAGAUAUUCUGACUUAGGUUUUUUAUGUUGAUAAUGUUAAGAAUGUACUACGUAGAAAUGGUUUGAUCCAGAAGCUUCUGAGGUGUAUUUACAGCUCAGAUGUUUCAAUGAAAUGAUACUGUUUUCUUUCUUUAUGCAGAGAGCGAUGGCUGAAACGUUUUAUCUCUCUAACAUUGUGCCUCAGAACUAUGAAAAUAAUGCUGGAUUUUGGAACAGGUGAGAAGUUACUUAUAAGAGAACUAAGUGAAAAGCAUCAGGCCGAAAUGUUGCAUUUAUAAAGCUUCCUCAUUGUCAAAGUAUUCUAAAGCAUUUUAUGGGCUAUCUGUAGAGAUCAUGUCAACCAUCUCUGCGUAUUCAGAAUAAAAUCUAUGCUGGCUGAUGUGGGUGGAGGUGUCAGGCUUAACUUCUCUGUCCUUAAGGAAAGCUCAGUAAAAGUGAGCAAGGGGGUUUAGAUGUUUAGAUCUAGUUUUAAUCUCUCUCCUCUCCACUGCCCUCCCGAAAAGGAGUGCUUCCAGUAUCAGACUAUGAGGACAUUUGUUGACCUUGAAUAGAAGAACUGAGUGCACCCUCCCGAGCUGUGACUUCUUGAGGUCACAGCUCAGGUGUUUGGUGGAAAGCUGGCUUCCAAGGGGUGGUCAGGCAAAGUUCUCUGUGUCUUGUGAACGUUGGCUGGAUCAGCUUUGAAGUGGAGUGAGUGGAAGAUAAAUCUUUCCGUGUGUAAGAUUUUUAUUCUUUCCUUUCCUGAAGCAGAAAAAAACCCACACUAACAGAACUAGAAGUCAUUCUGUGCUUCUCGUGUAGGACUUGGAAAGCAAAGACUUGGAAACAGGAGAGGAAAAUGAUGAAUUUUACAAGGUUUGCUCAAGGGAAGGUUAGCAAAAUUAUGUACAGCAUUGUACUAAAAGUCUAUUAAAAAUGCAUCACCAUUCAACAACACAGUGCAUUCCAAUUUUACAAGAAUGCAUAUAAAAUCAUAUGAGGCAUUCAGUAAGGUUAUACUCUUUUAUAGACAAAUAAAAUGCAAUAACAUUUUAAGAGAUGUUUUUGUAUUAUUUUAACACCCCAAGUAUUUGAGCAUAACAUUUCCUUAUACCAAUGCUAGGUGUUUGAACCAAUUUAGGGCUGGAAUCACUCUUUAUUUCUCUUGAGCAGAAUCAGUGCCUGAUCAGGAAAUAAUGGGGAGCGUUUCAGAAUUUCCCCUGGCACUGUCAGCCCCACAAUUUAAGCUGCUGUUAGCACUUUCUGCCAGCAUCAGUGCCUUGUCCCCACAGUUUAAAUCCACAAAACAGGUAUUUGUGCCAUUUGUUUUGUCACUUGCUUUGUUUUAAUGCUGUGUGGUUUUGAGAAUACUGUGUGUCACGUAUUGUAUCCUUCCUGGCUUUAGUACUCUCUUCCUUUCUCUAUUUUUAAUUCCUUGCUUCUUGAAUUGUCUUCUGAAGCACAGACAGCUUAGUUAGUUUAACAGUCUGUUGCUUUUUGAAGUGGUGUUUGCCCUCCAGCCAUGUGUUUUUGCUGCUUUUCCCCUGUUCCAGCCCUGAGUCUUCUCUGAAUCUAUGGUGAGUUGACUCUAUUUACUAACUCAGUUAAGCUCAAUCACGUUUGGUUGGUUACCUUUCUACAAGAUUAGAAGAUUGGAUCAACUGGUGAGAUGAAUGCCACAGCAAAUGUGGAAGAUGCAGCAGGACUGUUCUGGUGGGGCAGGCAAGGGGAGCAGUAUGAAAGGAGUGAGAGCAGGACUGUGUCUUUCAGGAAGCUGUCAGAUAGUAAGCUGUUAGAUUCAUUUGAUGAUGUGGUCUAAAUGCACCUUAGUAUUUACUCCUUGUUCUUUUCUUUCCAAUAGGCAGAUUCCUUUCUAUUGUGGUGUCUCACUGUCAAUUUCCGUUCUGAGUGCAUUUUCGUGAUCUCUGUUUGAUCUCUGUCCCUGCUGCUGCUAACAGCAAUCUGUUCCCUUGUUGCAUUUAUUCCCCUUCUUCCCUUAUGCCAGGUGGUGUUUGUAUUGCCACAUGGUCAGACAGACAGGAGAGCUGGGUGCUUGGAAGCAAAGCUGAUGACAGCAAAAAAAUGUAGCUUGUGGUCAGUGCUUUGGCUUAUCACAUGGCAGCUCACUAUCACCAAGGAAGGAAGGUCUCAUUCCUGCUCAUUCUGCAUUGUGAGGUUUUUCUCAGAGUUAGGAACAGAUGAGGAGUUCUGAAGGUGGCCCAAGUGAUGGGUUUGAAGAACAGGAGGGAGAAGGAGAUAAAACUCUCUUAACGUGACUUCUGUAGUGUUUGGGAUGUUAGGUCAAUAUGAGGCUAUAAUCUCCCAUUUUAUAAAAUACAGGUGGGAUCUAGAAGUGCUUUUUUUAUUUGGAGGAGUACUUUAUUCUGUAAAUUACAAUAUAAAUUAGCUAGUUUAGAAAACAAAAAUGAUGUUAGUAUUUCAGGAGAAAGUACUUAAUUUUUAAUCAGUUUUAUGCAAAAAAGCAUUAAGUAGACUUAGCAAAAAUGUCAGGUGGGAAUUUUCAUAAGUUCUUUGGAGCGGGUCCAGAGGAGGGCCACUAAGAUGAUCAGAGGGCUGGAGCGCCUCUCCUGUAAGGAAAGGUUGAGGGAACUGGGCUUCUUUAGCUUGAAGAAGAGAAGGCUCUGGGGAGACCUCUCUGUGGCCUUCCAGUACUUGAAGGGAGUGUAUAAACAGGAGGGGGAAUGGCUGUUUACAAGGGUGGACAGUGAUAGAACGAAUGGAAAUGGUUUUCAACUGAGACAGGGGAGGUUUAGGUUAGAUAUUAGGAGGAGGUUUUUCACACAGAGGGUGGUGACGCACUGGAACAGGUUGCCCAAGGAGGCUGUGGAUGCCCCAUCCCUGGAGGCAUUCAAGGCCAGGCUGGAUGUGGCUCUGGGCAGCCUGGUCUGGUGGUUGGCGACCCUGCACAUAGCAGGGGGGUUGAAACUGGAUGAGCAUUGUGGUGCUUUUCAACCCAGGCCAUUCUAUGAUUCUACAGAAAGAACUGUCUGUUGCAGGACAUUGAUUCCUUGGGGGAAUUGCGCCAAUCCAGUAAUGUGGUAGAGCCAUUUGAACUAAGAAUCUCAUCGUUUAACAAAUGUGUUUCAGAAUGGAAAUGUAUUGUCGGGAAUUGACGGAAAGAUUUGAGGAUGUUUGGGUGGUUUCUGGACCUCUGACCUUGCCUCAAACAAACGAUGAUGGAAAGAAGAGUGUUACAUACCAGGUAGGUACGUAUGUUGCUGGGUUAGCAGUGAUUGCACAGUGCAUGUGCUCCACUAAAGACAGUUUCAAAAGCAGCCGCUUGUUGAUACCCCAUAUGCAUCACUUUAAAUCUCAGUUGCAAAGACCCAUCUAAGAAUAUCAGCAUCAAUUACAAGGCCUCAUUCAUUUGGGAGGCAUUAGAUGAAUACAGUCUAACUGCUUAUCCAGGAUAUUGCUACCUUCCCAUUUUUAUUGCUUGCUUUGAAUACUCUGAAGGUCUGUAUUUCAUCAUGCACAGGCUCUAGAAAGGAGCAUUGAUUGACAGACAAACAGGAGAGGCCAUCAUGUUGAGAGGUGAAUUUAUGGUUACUUGUCUUGAUUUAGUCUUUAUAAGCAUGUGUUCACACAUCUGAAGGAUCUAAGCAUAGUAAGGUUUUAAAAGGCCUUACUACACUCUUCUGCCCCUACUGUAAUGACAUGUUGUUGUUUUCAGUUGCUAGAUGCUAGCUAGCGUAAUGCAAAUAAUAAAUACAGUAUUUUGCACCUCUUGAAAAAACACUUUGCCUUGAAAAUAAGUAUUCAGAUUAACUGCAGCUUCAGCUUGCAAGUGAUACAUCUGUCCAGCCCAUUCCCUUAGGAGCAAUGAAUGAGCUUGCUUCUAUAAAAAAACAAAAAGCAAAAAAUAACAACCCUGUUUCAAAGGCAUGUGAGAGUUGCAAAAGGGGGAGAUGUUGAUAUUUUAAUGCUGGCUUGAUCAGCUCCAAGAUUUAGGCACUGUUUCUCCAAUACAGCUGAUUUCUGUUUGUCUGAGCUUGGAACACAGUUGGGAAAGAAUCUAAUUUUUAAUGCUCACUUUUAUGUUUUUCUUUCUUUAAAAUCUAUCCCAUAUAUCACCCACACGUCUAUAACCUUGACUGUGAUGAAAUCACAGCUUUGGUUUUUGUUUUGUUCCAGUGUUGUUGGUUUUUUUUUUGGCUGGCUUGCUUGCUUGUUUGUUUCCCAGACAGUCGUAUGUUAAGCACAUAAAAGUACAGUGCUGAUAAUACAUCUUUUUCAUACCUCGUGGUAGUUCCAAACUUCAGCUCUUGCUGCAGCCAUGUGAGGAAGGUAACAACUGUGCUCAUUGUCAGGUGGAUAAAUAAAUAGUAGUUAGGGGAUGUGUCCAGUGUCCUGUAAUAAGUUAGUGGCAAAGCUGACUUCAGUCUGGCUUUAGUUCCUUGCCACCUAAAGGAGACAAGGCUGAUUUUGCUACUGCCUAUGAUACUUAGCAGUCCUUGACCUUGUCUGCACGUGUUGGUUGUCAGAUCCUUCCAUAAGGUGCUUAAUUAACUAGUGCAACAGAGAACCACCUGUAUUCAAUUGUUUUCUUUGGGGCUUGGCCUUGUUUUUCUACUGCUGUUGAAAGAUGCAUCAGUGCACAAAGGAGCUGAGUGCAUACUGGAAACAGAAUGAGGUACAUGGCAAAAGCACAGGAGAUGUUCUCUUUCAGCAACGUUGAGCUGAGCAUUUGCCUGACUGCUGCAUGGAGUGGUACCCUGAGAGUUCCCCAGACUUGUACAGAGCUUGCUGGAAUCAUCUCCCUUGUAGUUGUCAGGGUAUUGCACUCAUUUUUAUCCUUAAAAAUGCAUAUUAGUGUUACAUUGAGCUGAAAAUCCUGAGCUGACUUGGAAAUGCUAUAGCUGAAAAUGAUUUUCCAGGAAGCAGUUGAAUCAUCUAUCAAACUGCACCUAUGUACUGAUUCGAUUUAAUCUCGGUCAUCUUUCUCUAAUUUUUCUCUGGAGAAAGUGUUUACUUAGGUUACAUUCUCUGAAAAAUGAUCGUGGCUCUACGUUUGGGUUUUGAAAUGUAAAUGUUAGUGUUCUGCAGGUAAAAAUAAGGGCAAGCACUGCAUCUUACUGCCUUUAUUCAUAGUAAGUUGAUAGUAGGAUACUGUGAUAGCAGUGGCACAAAAUGUCCGUGCCGCUUUGAUUAUCGUACCGUUCUGUUCUUGUCUUCAUCAUCUCUGGGUUUGAUGACAACUCUGAUCUUUUAUGAAUGUGUUAUCAGUUUUGGUUUUAAUAUAAACUACAAAGUGAAGUACAGUGUGGAAUUGAAAUCGGUGGAAUGAUCAGAUUUGUGUUUUCAUUUCACCAUUUGGCCACAUUCAUAAAUCCUUCAGUCAUCUCCCCAGGGUGAAAUUCAUUCCUUAGAUUGAUUUGUGUUUGAGCUGUGUGUAAGAACAGGUAAUGCUGUCCACAGGUGGAAAAGUAAAGUGUUAAAUUUUGGGGGGAGUGACAUGUGUACGUGUGGGGUGUUGUUUUAAAGACUCCAUUAUGGAAAAUGGUUGGAUGGAUGAUUAUGGAUGAUUAAUGGUUGGAUGGAUGAUUAUGGAAAAUGGUUGGACUGGAUGAUCCUGUGGGUCUUUUCCAACCUUAGCGAUUCUAUGAUUAUUUGAGUUGGACCCUCUUGGAGUACACUCCUAAGCAUAAAUAAAUACAAACUGUGAAUUGUUUUGUUACUUUGAAAUCUCUUCGUGGCAUAAAUCCCUUUGUUUGCCAUAAAAGUUUUCUUGUAGGAAGAGUUCAGAGUGGAAAGGUAUGGGGUUUUUUGUUCCUCUCUGUAUCAUCACACACCCUGAGAAGAGCAAACAUAACCUGUCAAAGCACUGGAGAGAAGUUCUUUUCAACCAUAUCUCAGGUGUUAUUGCCAUUGAUUUUGGUAGUCUGCCCCAAACCAAGAACCCUUGAGUGUUUCAGCAGAAUGGGAAGGGAACGUAGCUCUUAGUCAUCGUUCAGGAGUGAACUGCGUUAGGUUCAAACAAAUGGCUUAGAAAAGGAAGGCUUUUAGUCCUCAUUCUUUCAGCUUAUGAAGCUGAUGUGGGAAGGUGUCCUUUUUCUUUGUGUGUGCUGUUUAAGGAAAGUGCUGUGGUAUAUGUGAAAGUACUGAAAUUCACAACAUAUAAUCUGUCAACGUAACUUAAGGCUGAGCUCCUUUCUGGUGUUUUUCUCUUCCUUCAGGACUAGACCUGUGGAAAAAGGAAAACUACAGUGAAUGUGUCUGCACUGAUUUGUUUCAGAUCUUCUGUUCAAUCAUAGUUUCUUUGUUUUUGGCUAAAGAAGUGAGGAAAUAUGUAUCCGUGGCUUUACAGGCUGGUGUUUUUCUCAUCAGACAUCUAAAAAGGUUAUUUUUAGAUCACUAUAGAGGAAAAACAGAGCAUCGGUCAUGGCAUUGUUCCCAGUUCCUGCUUGGACUCUGGUACCAUUUGCUGUUUAAUUCCAGAAAGGGAAUUAACCUUGAACUCCUUAGAUGCCAACGUUGUUCUAUCUAUUGGCUGAACUUGCUGUAUCCUCAGAUAUGUUCUGUCAUUUCAUCUGUCAUUUCAUCUGUCUCCAGCAGUGGCUUUUAUUGCGUAGAGUAGAUUGAUGACCAGGCUUGGUAUCUGAAAAAUACAUUUUUGAGAAUAUAUGUAAAAUAGAAUGCCAACAGGAAAAAUCUGUUCUGUGUCACUGCAGAGGCAGAUGCAGGUUUUUUGUCUUUGUCCAGAUCAAAUCAAAACGACAGCGUCUCAUUUGAUACAUUACUCUUCCCCAGUGACUGUCACUUCAGUGAUUUUUCUCUGUCAGCAGAUUUGGAGUUUGAAAUACAGAUUUUGCAGUAAUUCUACUGGGUCAUGCUCAACUCCUUACCCUCUUCUCCCCCUGCGCCAUCAUAGUAAACAUUAAGAAAGGUUUUGCUAUGCUUGACGAGGGAAAGUACCAUUUAUAUAACAUCUUGUUUAUUGCUUGAAGAAGACGUGUUCUUCUACUUUUUAGUGAUACCCUGAGCUCAUGUUAAUUUUCAAAAUGGAAUGACUGCUUUCCUGGGCUGGACAGGGGCUGCACAGCAGCUGUACCAGAAGGUACACUUACUUGUCAUCUAUUGCUGUAGCAAAUAAGUCCCUGGGAAACGCAGUGCUCCUCUCAAACAGAAGAUGGUACUUCAUGGUUUUCCUUAGUCAAGAAGUAGCAGAGAUUCUCUCCUAGCUGACGUAGCAUGAGAGAAGCAAUUUUUGUUAAAGGUGGAAAUAAGCCUGGGGACUGUUGCUAUUUGUUGGCUGCUCCAAAUGGGCUCAGGGCUACACAGACCCCUUUUGGAUGUAGGCCUGGUACACACAUCCCAUAAAACUUACAUUGAGAGGCCUAGAUCUUAGAUCAGCUGGUGUCAGUGACUAGAGCUCUCUCAGCCCUAAAUUUAGACAUGAUGUACAAGUGAAAAUAAUAGACACCGGGUUAAGAUGGGAGGAGCAGAGACAACAAAGGUGCAGGAUAGAUUUACGGGGUUGCUUUUAUUUAGCACCAUACCCCUCCUGAAGGUUCUUUGGUUAUAGGAAGAGUGUGGUGAUAGGGGCUGUAGUGGACUAGGUAUUAAUUCAUGUUAAGUUUAACCUAAAUGAAUUGUGUGGGAGCAGUAGUCUGUCAUCACGUAAAUAUGGCAUUGGAAUGCCUAUACACACACUCUAUUUAAACAAGAAAGAAGUGGAGAUGUCUUUUAAUGCUGUUAUUAGGCACAGCUUUUCUUUUCCUUACGAUCUCUUGUCUCUUUUUGUCCUUUCUUUUUUGAGACUGCUGAGUGAUUUGGCAGUGGCAGGCAGAGCAGCCAUAACAAGUUUUCCUGAAAUGCACACAUUUGGGGAACUUGGCUGUGAAUUUCUGUAGCAGUUUGUUAAUGUGUUUUUUUUUAUCUGUGUUUUCUGUAUUACUGGGACUGCCUUCAUACCUCUCAGUUCUUCUCAAUGCUAUCUGAUGAAGUUCCGUCGCAUAUUGGGGAAAAAACACUAUCAGCUGAAUCAGUGCUGCCUAACACAAAUCCAGAAUGAAUCAGAGCGAAGGCAGUUAAUGCUGCAGCAACAAUCAACUAAGCAGAAUUAUGCUGAUAGCAAAGGGAUUUUUUUUUAUAUUGCCUGAUAGUCAAUCUGUCUCUAUACAGAAUUUAAUAGCAAUUUUUAGUAAAGCUCCUGUUUGUCAAGCCUGAGGUGAUAUCAGGAGCAAUGAUACUCCAUCUACAGUAAAAGAUGUGAUGGGCCUGGUCAGUAUCAUGCCAUAAGUUACAGCUGAAACAAAGCAAAGCUUUAUUCAGAGAGAGCUGCAGUUUUAUUUUGGGUGACAGGAAUGAUGCCCUUGAAACAAGAAAUGUGACAGAAUCUUAAUUUUGUUAAUGGCCAGAUGCAGUGUUCUGUGGGGGAUUGGGUUUUUGCUUGCUUCCAGUCUUUGUGGUAUGGUGGCUUUGUUCUAAACUCUGGUUAUUAUGCAGAGAGGUGGGGGGGGAGAAAGUGGUUACUGGAGUGCAGGGGGAAUUUUUAGAGCUAUCACUUUAAUGCAUUUGAUGUCGGGAUGCUCUGAUGCAACGUCUCUUCCGUGUGUGCUGGCAGUUAAAUCAUGAUUGAAUGUGAUUUCUGUUUACCAGGUUCUACAGGAAUCUCAGAUAAUUGCCAAGCCAGUGCUGGCGCUCACUGAUAAAAGACAAAUCCCUUUGGCUAAUUUUCUUCGUGGCUGAUUUUCGUUCUGUAGUCACUAGGUGGCAAAAUACUACUUUGAAAUUCAUGAGUCCUUUCUUUUAAAAGAAGACAGCUGCCCAGAGUGGUAAGAAACCUGUAACAAGUGAAGUAUAAAAGGAAAAUAACUUUUAUUUUAAAAUUUCUAAUGAGAGCAACAAUUCUGCUAUUCUUAUAAAUAUUCUACUAUUACACUGUUCAUGUAAAAUGGAAUUUACUUUCCCAUAAAACCCAAACUAGGAACCGCUUGUUCCUGUCUGAUUGCCCCCAUGAAAGUGACAUUAUUUAAUGCCGUAAGCUUAAAUGAUGUCAUUGGCAAAUGGCUUCAUUUUUCAUUGUGUUGCCUUAGCACUGUGCAAAUAUCAGAUUUGUCCUUCUUCCAGUUUAAAAAGCACAUCCUACAGGCAUGAACAGUUAAAUGAUUUGCUCAAAAUUAUGCAGAAGGCCAAUCUUAGGAAGAAUCCCCAUCGACAGACUGAAGUGUGAGACUGAAUUUACCAAAGCUUACUAAAUUCUCUCUGUUCUGAGAAAUCUUGUUGCUUCUGUCUUUAUCUUUGUCAGUCCCUGUGAGCUCCUUAAGCCUGUAGAACUUCUAACCAACGUGUUCCUUGUUUUAGCAAUGUGCAAACAUCUCCGGAUGUCAGGAAUUGCACGCAUUUUAAUGGCCUAUCCUUGUGACCAUUGUCCACGCUUAAUUGGGAAUAAAACUGAGCAUAACACAUUUUUACACACUUGCAGAAUGUCAAUAAUAAAAAAGAAAGAAGUACUUUGCCAAAUAUGACAUUAUCAUAAUGUUGCAGUGUUAGAUGACAAUUCAGUGGGAGAGCUUCAGCCAGCACGAGGUCACCAGGGAAAACAAGAGCAAAGCAAAACCAAAGGGAAUGAGCAGAGCGGCUCCAAGAAGUUAUGACAAUAAACAAAUAGCAAACAAAAAAAAAAGAGAAGUAGUAUCUGAAAUCUCACUUCGGUAUCCCAAAUGGUGAUGGGGAAGGAAUAUUUUCAAAAAGAACUCAAACUAAGAGUGCAUUUUUUUUUUUUCUUGUCUUGAGGCAAAAUAAAAGAUUUAGCAAAGUUGGACGAUCAGAGGGCUGGAGCACCUCUCCUGUGAGGACAGGUUGAGGGAACUGGGCUUGUUUAACUUGGAGAAGGGAAGGCUCCGGGGAGACCUCAUUGUGGCCUUCCAGUACUUGAAGGGAGCAUAUAAACAGGAGUGGGAACGGCUGUUUAUGAGGGUGGAUAGCGAUAGGAGAAGGGGGAAUGGCUUCAAACUGAGACAGGGGAGGUUUAGGUUGGAUAUUAGGAGGAGGUUUUUGACACAGAGGGUGGUGACACACUGGAACAGGUUGCCCAAGGAGGUUGUGGAUGCCCCAUCCCUGGAGGCAUUCAAGGCCAGGCUGGAUGUGGCUCUGGGCAGCCUGGUCUGGUGGUUGGCGACCCUGCACAUAGCAGGGGGGUUGGAACUGGAUGAUCACUGUGGUCCUUUUCAACCCAGGCCAUUCUAUGGUUCUGUGAAGGUUUUGCAGGAGUAAAGAGAACUCACACUGUGGUCUGUUCUCAGUGUGGAGUGAAAGCAUGUGGCACAGCAGUGAUUUUCAGUAUGCCAUAGCUGUAUUUUUCUAGGCUGUAUUAGCUUGUGAGGUGUUUUUGAGUCACAUAUACUAUUAAAAAACUUGCUCUUUUUCAGCUGGAACAGAUAGCUGUUGUGGGCAUUGAUUGCAGAAAGAUCGUGUGCUGCCUGUGGGUAGACUGGCACAAAUCAAAGUCAGCAUCUGUGGAUGGACAAUCUUAACCUAUUUUCUCUUCUGUUACAAUAGAGGCAUAUGCUCUCUGCCUCUGUUUGGCAUUGUCAUCAAGAUGCAUCAAGAUAAAUGAGUGGUGCAGGUCAGAGAAGUGAUUCGGACCACUGUAGUUGGUUAGGAAAAUCCUCUAGGUGGCAAUAGGAAAUGAUUUGUUGAGUUUGUUUUUCUUACCUGUUGCUUCAGCUGUAAACUUCACUUUUCCAGAAUCACACUGCUGGGCUGUGUAUGGGGGGCAUCUCUGUACUCCUCUGCACCUACUGUGUCUACUCCAAUAGAAAAGCAGAUUGUGAUUUAUUGCAGAGCAUGAUGGUGUAAAUACUACUGUGUGUUCGACACCUAUUUCUUUGACAGGAAUCGUUGGCAACAUAGAUUAUUGGUGAUGCAUCCUGUGUGAAGUUCACAUGUGUUGAACUUCAGGGAAAAGAAACCAACCAACGCAAUUAUUCUUUGUCGGGCACCCUCUGUUUUCCUUCCUUGAUGGUAUCCCCUACCAGCAGAAUGAGCUGGGGGCCGAGCUACACCCAUUUGGGUAAGGAAAGGAUGCCAUUGUGGACUCCAGCCUUUGACAGACUGGAGUUCGUCUUAAUGACUUCACCAGUAUUAGAACUUAGCAAAGUAAUGGCAGGAGUAGUUUAUUGCUAUUCAGAGGAUUGGGAUAAAACCUGUGCACUAUUUAAAUUUUAUUUAAAUUCUCAAAAGAGAACUUAUGUGGAACUAAAGUAGUACAUAAAUUACAUGUAUGGCCAUUGCCUGUAUAUAGCAGAGUUGUAUUUAGAGCUGCUUUUCUCCAAAGGCCAGCCCUUCCUUUUUCUCAAACUAGUUCUCUUUCGUUCUUUUCUUCCUUUCUUCGUAUACUAUGCAUAAAUGUGCAUUAUUUUGCAUAGAAUAUAUAUAUUUGCAUAAUAUUACAUAAGCAUAGGGUCUGUUUUCCCUUCACACCCACUCCAGGCAUUCAGCAUUUCCAUUUCAUACCUAAGUAUUCUACGUGCAGCUCUAUUCAUUUCCCAGCCUUUCUAUCCACCCACUCAGUCCUCAGACUCAAUCCCCUGUUCCCUCUGCUAGUUCACUCAGCACACACUCACCUGUUUGUUUUACAUAUGCCACAUACCCCCUAAUUGGAGACACUCACUGCAGCUCCAUCUGUGUGUUGGAGCUCCCUUCUUCUUGUCUUUUAUACAACAGGCAGAGGAUGCUGCUCACAUACAUUUGUGUAUGUGAGGUGUUGAGAAGGGGAGACGGGACGGCUAAGGAGAACCUAGGAUGUAUACAUGUAUUCAUAGUGGGGGAAAAAAAAGUAUGUGGGAGCCCCGGGAAAGGCAGUGCCAAGCUACACAGGAGUGCUGCUGAGGAGGAGGUGGUUGGCCCAGGGAAGCCUGGGGAGCAGGGUUUAACCUCGGUGUGUUCUCUUCUCCCAGGGAGCUGCUGCAGCUUCAGGGAACAGUGCAGCUGAACACAGCCUCUUCCUUCUCCUCUGCCCUGCUCUGGGAGUGAGCAGAAGGUGGGAGUGCAGCGCAGGCUCUCCUGUGCUCCAGGGAGAGAAAAGAAACCCCUGCCUUCAGCAGCAUCACCCACUGCUUGCUCUUGGGUGAAUAGGGAAAAACGAAUCCGCUCCCCCUCACUCCCCUUGGGGCUUUUCAUGCUGCUUAGCUCCCUUCUUCCCACCCCCAAUACAUCGCGUGCACCCCCCCCCCAGUUUGAAUGCCAGCUCUCUCAAGUAAGUUACACUCCAGCACCAUUCAUUUUUAUAAUUCAGUUUUAAUCCACCAGGUAUAGCAGUGGGUUGAUGCUGAGUUUUCAGUGUAUUUUAAAAUUACCAGUACGUCAGUCAGUUUUGAUUACUUAUGCAGUUGAUCCUGAGGAGCUGUAACCCUGGUUUCACCCACACUGAAUGCUAAAUGCAAAGUGCUUUGACACUCAGGAGCUCUCGUUUCCCUAUCAAGACAUCUGUCGUUGUUGAAAAGGAAAGUAGCUUUGGCAUAAGGCAUUUAUUUAUUGCUUCCCAGUUUCAGUGGCUGUUAGAUGUCUAAGCAGAGCUUUAUUUAGGAAAAGCAAGAUCGUUGCUGUACAGAAGUAUAAACUACAGCAGUGCUGUUAAACAGCCUCAUAUAGGGAAGAGGGGAGGAAUGCUCUGUUUUUGGUAACAGAGUAAAGAAAUCUUAAGAGUGCAUUUGCCAGAGACGAUGAUAGUGAAGUUACUGUUAUGAUAGUGUACAAGUCAUGAAAUAAACACACUUUGCUAGGGGUUUGCCCUUCUCCUGAAGGUUCUUUCUCCAGUCUCAGUCCAAUAAGAUUUCAGGAGCUGUCACUUGUAGAACUGGCAGCAGAGGUAGGAGACACUUCAAGCACUAAAAUUCGUAACUGAAAUGAAUUAACAGUUGAAGUAGACUGACAGAAACUUUUUGGUGCCACAGGCAAAUUUCAGUUUUAAAAAUGCAUUACCUUUUGCAGAAGCACUGAACGCUCUCAAAACAAAGUGUACAUGGAAAGUGUUUCUUCUGGGGUUGAGUUAUACUGAAUCCGAAUGGACAGAGCAUGACUGAACUGAUAUACCAGCAUAGUUUGCAAAGUACUUCCAAUUAAUGUGAUAGAUUCUGGCAGUGAAAUAAAUUCCUGCUUUCCCUGAAAUAGUAUUUUAAUUGUACCUAACAAAAGCUGUCAAAAGAAUAAGCAGCAUUUGCUUUUGCAAGUGCUGCAAAUAGUACCGUAUUAUGGGAUUGCAUUUAAAUACACAAUGCCUUUGUAGUUCUUGUAGAGAGCCUGCAUCUUUCUCUUCUGCUGCCUUUAGAAGAGAAAGUACAGUGUUUAGAAAGAUGAUUGUACACGAUUAUGCAGAGCUGAAACUUCCCCUGUGUGAGCCUGUUGUACUUUAUCAGCCUGGCAGAAUCAGUUCAGCAAUAUUGCAGAGGGAAGAAAAAAAAAAGCCUAAUGCAAUGCAUGCAUGACUGCUGGCAAAAUUACAUUUGUCAUCAAUAUGUGUAUUCCUUUGGACUAACUUUUGAGACAGAGUGGAGUUUUAUGCAUUGUAAAUGUGUGAGUUCAUAGCAGGUUUCAUGUGAAUUGAAAGUCCUCCUCAUCUCCUGUUGCUUCAGUUAAAUUUCUGGAUCCUGAUGUGAGAGAGACAGCAGGAAAUCCAACAUGUAUGAGCCCUUAUGUUGGAUCACAGUGAAAUGUGGGAGAAAAAGGUGCAUCACAUUAAGCAUUUACUUUGGAUAGAUUUUUCUCUUCCAAAAUAUUGCAUCUCACUGAAUGUACUUUAUAUCCAGGUGCCCUCAGAACAAUACUUCUUUAGGUAACGUAGCUGUUAAAUACAACCUGUGUAAGGAUCAUAGAGGGACAAAAGAAGGUAGAAGGUAAGCUGGAGUUGGCUUGAAAUGGGUGUUUAAAAGCAGAUAAUUUGGAGUGAUCAGAUCAGGAAUUUAAAGUAAAAUGUAUAGAGCCACUGUUAGUAAAAACAGUGCUCAAAGUGUUAACUAUGUGAUGCAGUAUGACAGGAACCUCUACCAUCCCUUUGUGUCAGUUACACUUACAGAUUUGUACCAGAGGAUUAAGGAGCUGGGGUCUUGGCUGACUCCCUGUUUCCAAAUAUGUUUUUCAGAUUCGGUUCCAGUUCAGUUUCAGCUAUAACUGAAGUUGCUCUGGUUUGCAGCUGAAUGGAAUAAUUAAAUUGAACUCAUUCUUCUACCAGAUCUCCUUGCUUCAGAUCUUUCCAAAUAUCUGGACAGUGGUUGGAUAACCUUUUGGCCUUUUGUCUGCAUUGUUGUUUUUCACAGUACAAUGUGAGGUCAGUAGUGUUAUGAGACAGGCUGAGAACCUUCUGGGAAUGUCUUCUACCACCAGUGGCCAAAUGGCCUUGCGGUGAACCAUUCUCUGCUGAGCUUCUGCUUGAAAAUGGGAUUCAGAUAUGGAACAGCUAGCUCAGUCCUGACCAUCUGUACGAGCAGUCACAGUGAGAUUGUGCUUUCCAUCUCAUCUUCUGGUCUCAUAAUGUUGCAUGUGAUUUUGAUGUGUGGUUAGGCCUUAUGACUCCUUUUUAGAGGUCUCGGUGUCUUUUUUUUCCCCCUUGACUGAUAAGACCUGUAUCUUUUCUUUUGACAGGUAAUUGGAAAGGAUGAUGUAGCAGUGCCAUCCCACCUCUACAAGGUGAUCCUUGCCCGGCGGACCCGAACAUCCACAGAGCCUUUGGCACUGGGGGCUUUUGUGGUGCCAAAUGAUCCCAUAGGCUUCGGUCACCAGCUGACUGAAUUCCAAGUCAGUAUUGAAGAUCUGGAAAAAAUGUCAGGUUUGGUUUUCUUCCCCCAAGUGGACAAAACCAAAGACGUUAAAGAUAUCUGUGAGGUGGACACCUGUAAACUGAUGGGAUUCAAGGAGUUCACAUUGUACAUCGUUACCCGAAAAGUGCAGAGUGCCCGGACAUUGCACCGGUUGGAAAAAGCCAUGUCAGAGUUAAAGGAGGCAGGAAUUGAGCCUGAUGAGUAUCUUCUAAAGCUUCACAAGAAGAAGGAGGAAGAAUUACGACAGGAAAAACAAAUAGCAGCUAGAGAGGGGAAGGCUGGCUGAAUACUUGAUUAGGAAGAUGCUUUUUUUUGUACUUUGAGGGGGGAGCCAAGGCAAAGCCAUGGCUUUAUAAAAUGUCCUUUUCUGAAUUAGGAAAACAAUAAAGAAACAUUUGGAUGUUGUUGGAUUUGGAA